AAUGAGGCAAGGCCGACCGAGGACCCGGAUUCCAAUCCUGCCCCUCGCCCGGAUUCCCGGGUGACGUUGGGCACGUCGCCCGGGUCUCAGUUUCCCCGGGUCUAGACUGAGAGAUCUCGAAGGCGCCGUCUGGCCCCAGCUCUCCCUGACGACCGAGAUCCCGAGUUCUCACAUGUUAUAAACUGUCGGACACCAUUGAAGUGUUGGCUUUGCUGAAUUGCUUUUUUCCUCCUUUUUAAUUUGGUAUUUAUAAGGUAUCUAACGAGGGAAAUGUAUUUUUGUGUUUCGGAAAUUAAGAUUUCUUCAACCCCUUGAGACAGUUGGAGACACUGUGGGGUUAUAGUGAAACCAGAGUUGGAAAUCACUUGUGCAAGACAAAGAACCACUUGUUCUCUGCCAUAUCAGUUGAUUCCAGGAAGAUGACCCGCAUCUCACAAUAACACUUAGGAAUACACAUGAUACUGAAUCUUAUCACUUAAAUUGACACGCCAAAAAAGGAUGGCUUUGAAUAAAUCAAUGCAUGCAAGAAACAGGUACAAGGAUAAGCCUCCUGAUUUUGCAUAUCUGGCAUCCAAGUACCCAGAUUUUAAACAGCAUGUCCAGAUAAAUCUGACUGGAAGAGUGAGUCUUAACUUCAAGGACCCUGAAGCUGUCCGAGCUUUGACUUGCACUCUUUUAAAGGAGGACUUUGGACUUUCCAUUGAUAUCCCAUUGGAAAGGCUCAUUCCUACAGUUCCACUGCGACUCAACUAUAUCCACUGGGUGGAAGAUCUGAUUGGCCCUUGGGAUGCAGCCCGGAGUGCCCUCCGCCGAGGGAUUGACAUUGGUACAGGAGCAUCUUGCAUCUAUCCUUUACUUGGAGCAACUCUUAAUGGCUGGUAUUUCCUUGCAACAGAAGUGGAUGAUAUGUGCUUUAAUUAUGCUAAGAAAAAUGUGGAACAGAAUAAUUUAUCUGAUCUCAUAAAAGUGGUUAAAGUACCACAGAAGACACUCCUAAUGGAUGCUCUUAAAGAGGAAUCAGAGAUCAUUUAUGAUUUUUGCAUGUGCAACCCUCCCUUUUUUGCCAACCAGUUGGAAGCCAAGGGAGUAAACUCUCGAAAUCCUCGUAGGCCUCCCCCAAGUUCUGUAAACACUGGGGGUAUCACUGAAAUCAUGGCAGAAGGAGGUGAAUUAGAGUUUGUCAAAAGAAUUAUCCAUGACAGUUUGCAGCUGAAGAAAAGACUGAGAUGGUAUAGCUGCAUGCUUGGAAAGAAAUGCAGUCUGGCUCCGUUGAAGGAGGAGCUUCGGAUACAAGGGGUCCCCAAAGUCACCCACACUGAAUUCUGUCAGGGACGAACAAUGAGAUGGGCUUUGGCUUGGAGCUUUUACGAUGACGUGACGGUGCCUUCACCUCCAUCUAAGAGAAGAAAACUAGAAAAGCCUAGGAAGCCCAUUACAUUUGUAGUAUUAGCAACCACCAUCAAAGAGUUAUCCCUCAAAACUUCUGCUGUGGGCUCCGAGACUUUGGAAGGCAUAGCAGUUAUUACAACGUGGCUUGAAAAAAUCCUCACUGAUCUGAAGGUCCAGCACAAACGGGUGCCCUGUGGAAAAGAGGAAGUUAGUCUCUUCCUAACAGCCAUAGAAAACUCUUGGGUUCAUUUAAGGAGAAAGAAAAGAGACAGGGUGAGGCAGUUGAGAGAAGUUCCUCGAGCCUCCGAAGACUUCAUUCAGGCUAUGGAAGAGGAGAAACCUGUGCCCAAAGAGAUGGAAAAUAACCCUGAUUGCACCAAGUGCCCUGACGAGAGCUCCCCAUCCAGGCCUGCCAUGUGUGGAGCUGAAACGGCUUUGUCUGAAAGUCACCGCCCAGAUAAUAGCCAAGAACCAAUGGAGGAGGAAGGGCCUGAGAAAAAGGGAAGGACAGAGGUUUUAGAAAGUGUUAGGGGCUCUUUCUGUGCCACUGAGGAGCUAGAUUCUUCUGAAGAAGUUGCCAAUACAGUGGCUGAAAGAGAGAAGAAUUCUCAAGGGGCUCCCGGACAUUAUCUAUUCAAGUGUUUAAUAAACGUCAGGAAGGAGGCAAACGAGGAUGCAGUGGUAGAGAUGCAUUGGGUCGAGGGCCAGAACAGGGACUUAAUGAACCAGCUCUGUACGUAUUUACGCAACCAGAUUUUCAGGCUCGUUGCUAGUUAACCACAAACAAAUUCCUGGCACAGCUGGGUCAGUCAGAUGUAGGGCAGCUUGCCUUUUAGAACUUCUUUUUACUAAUUCAGGGGAAAAAUCAAUGACACGAGCACGAAUUUUUUUUUUUUAAGACAAUUCCAGUGAGUCAGCCUGGGCUGGAUUUUUUUGUUUUGUUUGUUUAGACGCAGGGAAUCGCUGUGAAGUGACACCGAAGGAAAUGUUCUGGAUGUUGGUGACAAUAAAAAGCUACCAGGAGGCUGGGACUGUGGACGGAUGUAAAUCUGGCUGGCUUUGUGUUGGACCAGCUCUCCAAGGCCAACAGGUUGUCUGUGUGGCAUCUGAGGUUUGGGUCAGGCAUCUUGUUCAUGUUGGCUGAGAUGGUGCCUUGGCCUGCAGGGAUAUGUGCAGUCUUCAGGCCUUCUCUGGAGACUACUACUUUAGAGAGGCACUGGAGUUUCAUUACCUCCACUCAAAAGACAGAUCGCUUAGCAGCCUCAAGGGCUGUGUUCGUGAGUCGCCAUCCCAACUAGAACUUACUGGUCUUCUGAUUGACUCUUCCAUCUGAGUCCCAUGGCCCCUCCCAUAUCUGCAAGCAGGAGCCCAACCUUAGGGGUCUGAUGGUGAGUUAGGGUUUGAUAGAGCACAGGAGCAAAGCGCUUCAGAUUCGUUCCCAGGAAGAUAGGCCUCAGCUUGGGUUUUCUUGGUGAUUAAAUUGGCAAGAGGCAUGUGCUUAGUGAGUAAAAGAAGAGAGUUAGGAUUCAUCUCUUUAACACUCUUGCCCCAAAACCUAAGAGUCAAGCAGAAUCCUUCACCCUUUCCCCUAACAUGUGUACACUGUUUUUUAAGCAGCAUCAAUUCCACAAUUCUGGAGUUAUUUCCAAAUGUCAGCGAAGAUUCAUUUGGUGUACACACACACACACACACACACACACACACACACACACACACACACACACACAUUCUUAGAAUAUUCAGAAAUGUAAAGGGUCAGUCCUGUUUCUUGUUGCAGGGAGCUGCCUGUGAUUGAUUUGAAGUUGUCAGAAAGUAGGAAUACACGUUUGUUGUCCAUUU